AUGUUUGAUAAAUUUUGCAUUAGACAUUCAGAUUAAAUUCUAACUCAUUUUUGUUCCAAUCAAUUGUGUCCUCAAUUUCUUACGUUUUAUUGUACUCAGUGUGAGAUCAAACAAUGCAAUAAAAAUUAUCAUUUGCAAUAAUUUGACAAUUUAAGCCAUUUCAUCAAUAAAUUGAGUUUGCCCAAUUUUGACACCAAAUAAAUUGAGUAUUGCUAACAAUAAAUGAACAAAAUAAUUAGUAAUUUCAACACAAUUUAGGAGAAGAUCAUCAAUGAUUAUGACAAGGCAAUCGAGAAAAUAAUCGAAUACAUUUAGAAUAGAAGUAGUUCAUUUAAGACUGAAAUCAUCAGCUAAAUAGAUUUCCAAAAGGAAUACAUGAUAGAUAAAUUGACAGAAUUCACAAACACAAUGGAUAAGCAUUAUAAUACAUACAAGUAAUCUUAUGAUUAGACUAAAUCAAUUCUGAAUGCCCAAGAAAGCAAUGUUCACAUUGAGGAACAUUACAGAUAGGUUGACAUGACCUCAUUAUAAGAAUAUUAUAAUGUGUUAUUGAGAAUGCAACCUGAACUCGAGGUUUUGGCAAUAGAAAACAGUUUGUAAAUUACAAAGGAACAAUAGAUUAUUGAAUCAUUUAAUCACAAUAUCUACAAGGAAUUUUAAGAUAAAAUCAUAGAAUAUGCAGAAAAUAUACUAACUUUGCUGUGGAGCAAAUACUAUUCAAUGACCUCCAAUAUCCAUUUGUAUGACAAUAAAACAUAAAGCAUAGCUUAAUCUGAGAUGAUUGAAAACAUUAGAAUUAGCAGAUCCUCAUCAUCAAACUCCUAUUCUGUGUUCAAUGAAAUCGACAAUAUUAUUGCCAUGGGCCAACAAUUCAAUAACAACAAUACGUCUAUCAAGUUGAAAAGCUAAUCCUAUGGAUAUACCAAAUUUAAUCUGAUGACCUAAGCACAACUUAGUAUCAGACGCAACCAUUUGGAUAAUUAAUAACAAUUGCCAAUCAUCACUCCUCAUUGUAUCUUGGUCAUUAAGAAUUAACAUAUCAUCUUGACUGCUGGAGAUAGCAACACAAUCUAUGUUUGGAUUCACAAGAAAGAGUCCAAUCUAUGGAGAUUAGAAUCACAAUUACAAUUGCAGAGUAAAGAAUAGCAAUAUAUUUAAUGUAUGGAAUUACUCUACAACCCAUUUAUUAGUGAGUCACGAAACAGCAAAUAGAGUUUUGCAAAUCUAAAGGUUCUGUUGAAUCCUAUUAUCGCAGUUUGUGGUUAGAAUAACAUCUACAUUGUGCAAUUCGAUAUUAUGACUAAUCAAAUCACCAUACAGUGUUAGUACACAAUCAAAGACCAAAAGGAAUAAGAAAUACAUACUGUAUAACAGUGUCAAACUAUGGGUAGUUAUAAUUAUUUCAUUAUUGGCAUGGAGAAAGGAACCAUGAUAUUAUUUAAUUAUAUUAUCAGUAUUGACAACACUUUUACUAUAAAAAUAGAUUAGAUUAUCAAAUAACACAAGGAUUGCAUUACAAGUAUUGAAAUAAUAGGUGAUCAAUUAAUUGCAGUAGCAAGUAAUGAUAGAUCUGUUUCGAUUUGGCAAUAUUUUAAUAAUAAACUAAGGUUAUCGCCAAUCAAGUUAAACAGAUUCUGGGAAGACAUCCCAUGUCUACGAUAAGUUUAUACCAAUUCAUUUAUCACCUUUGAUUCCAAUUUCAAUAUAACAUAAUGGUAUUUAGAAAAUCUGAAUAAAAUUGUUAUUAUUAACAGUCUCUAGUCUAGUAAAUUGAAACAAGAAGUCUAAGAGGCCGUUAUCAUAAAUAAUCCAGAUAAUGCUUAAGAUUUCUGUAUCAUAUUACUCAUCAGAGAAUAGUCAAAUACCAAUAAGAUUGUUAUUUUGGAUAGAUAUUUCUCAGUUGUAUCAUCGGAGUCUCUACCUCAAUAAUUUCAAAGUUAUUUGAGCAUCCCAAGGAAGAAGCAUAAUCAUUAUAUUACAAACUAUAAGAUGAGGAUUAUAAAUGACUUGGCCCCUAAUAAAGGGUUCAGUUCCUUUGUAGAUGUUAAGCAGAAUGAGAAAUAGCCUAAUUAAUAGUAAUAAUAAUCUUUUUCUUAAUAAUAAUAAAUGAACUAGAAUAAGAAGGUUAAUCUGGCAAUUAUCAACAAUAAUAAGACAAAUUAACAUUUUAUUGAAAUUUCUUACAUUAUAGGAACUGACUGA